AUGAAAGAAACAGGAAAAGGUGUCUUUAACAGAAAAGUGUUCAACUGUUCACAUCUCCAGGACGGACUCGCUGUGUUGCUAUGUAACGUGAAGGCCUGUAAGCUGAGGGGCGUGGUCUCCCAGGCUCGCAUCCUCUGUUGCUCCACCUCUGACGACUGCAUAGAAGUACUAGCCCCGCCCACCGGCUCUGCUCCUGGUGACAGAGUGACCUUCCUCAACUACCCUGGUGACCCGGACAGAGAGCUGCAGUCCAAACAGAGGCUUUGGGAGCUUCUUCAGCCUGACCUGCAGGUGGACAACAGGGGCGUGGCCAACUAUAAAGGCUGUGGGUUCGAGGUGAAGGGGAAGGGGCUGUGCAGGGCCCCCUCCCUCACCAACUGCACCAUCAGAUAGACAACAUGAGGGACCUAACACAUAUUAAUCACUAUAAGUUAGUGCUGUCAGCUAACAAAAGAAGAAAACAUCACAUCACUAUUCUUCAUUGAUUAAAAACACUUGAAA